GCGGGGUGACGGCGCUUCCGGCGGAGGGCGGGCGAGAGGAAGCGGAGGAGGCGGGCUCCGGCACUGCUGCUGCUGCUGUGUCAGGGGGCUCGAGGGCUGUUCGCGAUGGCCGCCGCGGGGGGCACCUACCGGCUUCGCUGCUCCUUGGUGGGCCACGAGCUGGACGUGCGGGGCCUCAGCUGCUCUCCCUUCCCCGCUGGCUCCUUCGUCUCCGUGUCCCGGGACAGGACGGCGCGGCUGUGGGCGCCCGACAGGUCAGUCUUGGAAGGCGAGGGGGGGAAGGAAGGAAGGAGCCUUGAGGGGAGUUUUGCUCUGCCUUUGCCCUCCCUUGGCCGUUUCGAUAUCCUCUGAAAGGAGGAUCUCUCGGUUGCUGGCUCCGUUUGGAGGCGGGGUGAGGGUGAGUUAGCAUCGUGGAGUUGGAAGGGACCCCCGAGGGUCAUCUAGCCAGGCAGAAAUCUCAGCUCAAGCAUCCAGGACAGGUGGCUAUGCAACCUCUACUUUAAAACCCCCAAGGAAUCGUAGAGUUGGAAGGUACACCUGAGGGUCAUCUAGUCCAACCCCCUGCUAGGCAGGAAUCUUAAUAAUAAUAAUAAUAAUAAUAAUAAUAAUGUUAUUUAAAUAUUUAUACCUCGCCCAUCUGGCUGGGUUUCCCCAGCCGGUCUGGGCAGCUUCCAACAAAAGAUUAAAAACACCUUAAAGCAGCUUUUCUCAACCUGUGGGUCCCCAGAUGUUGUUGGAUUACAACUCCCAUCACCCCUAGCUAGCAAGGCCAGAGCUCUGGGUUGAUGGAAGUUGUAGUCCAAAAACAUCUGGGGACCCACAGGUUGAGAACCACUGCAUUAAAGCAUCUGUCAUUGAAAACUUCCCUAAACAGGGCUGUCUUCAAAUGCUUCAAAUCUAUGACAGGUGGCCAUCCAACCUCUGCUUAAAAGCCUCCAAGGAAUCGUAGAGUUGGAAGGGACCCCUGAGGGUCAUCUAGCCCAACCCCCCUGCUAGGCAGGAAUUUCAUCUAAAGCAUCCACGACAGGUGGCCACCCAACCUCUGCUUAGAAACCCCCAAGGAAGGAGAGUCCACCACUUCCCGAGGGAGACUGUUCCAAACAGCUCUGGCUGUCAGAAAGUUCUUCCAGAUGUUUAGUCAGGAAUCUCCUUCCUUGUAACUUGAGGCCACAGGUUCGAGUCCUGCCCUCCAGAGCAGGAGAAAACAAGCUUGCUCCCUCCUCCAUGUGACAGCCCUUGAGAUAUUUGAAGAUGGCUAUCCUGUCUCCUCCUUUCCAGGCUAAGCAUACCCAGUUCCUUCAAGCGCUCCUCAUAAGGCUUGGUUGCCAGACCCUUGAUCAUCUUGGUUGCGCUCCUCUGCACACAUCCUUCUUAAACCGUGGUGCCCAUAAAUGGACACAGUAUUCUAGGUGUGGCCUGACCAAGGCAGAAUAGAGUGGUACUAUGACUUCUGUUGAUUCAGCCUAGAAUAGCAUUAGUUUUUUUGCUGCUGCAUCACACUGUUGAUGGGUGUGAUGGGUUGACCAUUUGAUUUCAGUGGGAUUAGGACCACCUACAGUGAGGGGUGAAAGUAUUUGAUCCCCUGCUAAAUUUGCCCGUUUGCUCUCCGACAUGUGGCUUGUUGAUAGGGGAUCAAAUACUUAUUUCACUCAUUAUAAUGCACAUCAAUCUCUGACUUUUGUCUUCUGGGUUUCUGGGGUUUUUCCUGUUGUUAUUCUGUCUCUCACAGUUACAAUAAACCUACCAUUAAAAUUAUGGACUGGUCAUUUCAUCGUCAGAGGGCAAACGGGCAAAUUGAGCAGGGGGAUCAAAUACUUUCCCCCCUCACCAUAGUUAUCAGAGUUGUGAAUCGUGCCACAUGUUUACAAGUUACUGUUUAGAUUAGGAAAGUUGCCAGCUUGUGAUUUGAAACAUCUAAAUGGUUUUCUAAAGUGAUGGGCUCUUUAUUUCUUUAUGUGACCUGUAGCGUUAGAAACUCAGAUAUAUAAGCUGGGGGCCAAGUGGCUCCUUAAACCCAGGUUGCAGUUGCCAAAAUGUAAUGUCUACAUGCCAUUUUUGGGCAAGAUGACUCUAAAGUCUUAUUUUUCAAAUGAUGGACUGACUGCGAUUGAUUCUUAGUUAAACAUCUGGCUAGUUCAGAGGACAACCUUGAGCUAGAUUAAGAGAGAGAGUCCACAUAUUAAGGGAGAGUCCACAUAUAUACUGGCUUAUUCCUACCUCUCUUUCUUAAUGGUGACACAGACCUUCAUAACGUAGGAAUAUUCUUCACAACUGUGAGCAGGGCAGUGGGGUGGGGUAAGUGAAGACAAGCGACAGCAAUGAGCUAUAACGUUAACCGCUCCUGCUUAGAAAAAGCAUUUUGGAUCCUGAAAGUUGUUCUGAUUGUGCCGAUAAAAUAGAAUGGAUGGAAUUCUACAGGAUGUGGUAUUAGUUGGAUUUCCAGAUGGUGGAGAUGUCAGGGGCCGGCCAAGGCAUCUUCACUUGGUCGCAAAUGGCCAAUACUCAAGUGCUCGCAAGUUACCUGCUGUGCCACAGACUAGUCUCCCUUCAAGCACAUCUCCAUGUUGUCGUAGGUUAGUGGCCUAGACAAAUGAAAUAAAAAAAAUAGGCUCUUCCACAUUCCAAGCACUUUGCCUGGUAACUUGGAAGGAAAUAUUUAAGAGUACAGUCAAACUUUGGUUGUCGAACGUACUCCGUUCUGGAAGCCUAUUCGGCUUCCGAAAAUGUUAGACAACCGAGGUGCAGCUUCUGAUUGGUUGCAGGAGCUUCCUGCACUCAAGCGAAAACCGUGUUGGACGUUCAGCUUCCGAAAAACCUUUGGGAACCAGAGCAUCUACUUUCGGGCUUUAGGUGUCCAGGAGCUGAAGCGUUCCAAAAUGGAGGUGUUCGGGAUCCGAGGUUUGACUGCAGUUGUUGUGAACCCCGAGCUAAAAAAAUAAGUUUGUGAAAAACGUAUUUGAGCUUAGGUCACUUUGAGCGCAUUGUUGAUUUUCUUCUUUAGUGUAGGCUUAAUAUGCAGGUGUGUAUCUAUGUGUUUAUCAUGGUAUGUACAUACAUGCAUAUAAUUUAUUAUCUGUCCUUGUGCCAAGAGUUAUUGGGCCACAGUUUGACUGACAAGAUCAGGUUCUUCUGGUCAUGGAACAUUCUAGCGCUGGGGUCUGGAUGUGGCAGGAAAAGUAUUGUACACUCAGUAGCAGCAGGACAAAACACAUGAACAGCUUGAGAAGUACCUUGGAGUUACAAGUGGGAACGUAAGAGAGAGCAAAUACAGACUUCAGCAAGCAGCAGUGUUGUGAGGGCUACAAUCCCUAAACUUUUAAAAAAAUAUUAUAAUACAGGAUGGUCCUCACUGAAUUUAAAACAGCUACUGAAAGAAAUUCCCAUCACAGACUAUAACACCAAUGGCUGUUCAUCUGAACAAACCCAGUACCUUUGCUUACCAAAAAAAGUCAAGGCCUGGUGUGGCUGUCAUUAGGGUAAAUUAUUAUAAACCAGGGGUGGCCAGCUUCCAAGAAACUGCAAUCUAGUCACAGAGUUAAAGACUGGCAAUGAUCCACGCCCUUUUUGCGGGGUUCUGGUCAAAGUUGUUGUUUUUAGGGGAGCCAAGCUUCUUGAGCUUCUUUGUGGGGAGCCAGUGAUCUACCAGUUGGGCGUGCCUGUUGUAAUCCAUCAAAUGUCCCUUUGCUCUAUUUAUGUAGCUCCAUAACUGUUAAGGCCAUUCUUGGACUUUUCUGUGUGAAAACGUUGCUUUCUGACAUAUGCCAAACUGUGUUCACCAGGGCCAUAAAAUCAUGAAUGAACUCCCUAAAAUGUCAAGACCAGUUCACAAAUUGAUAUAGAUGAAGUCUGAGCCUAUGUAUAAAGUACCACUCAUUGUUUUAAACUUGGAAGGGAUUUUUCAAGAUAUAGAUUGUAUCAUAAUGGUGGAUUUGAAUUACUGGAGUUACUUAGGCUAGCACAAUUGGUUUUACCAAUUCCUCCUUCCGAAUGAAACCCGCUAUACCAUUUUCCUGCUCUCAGGAACAGCUAAUGGAUACGAGGAAUUGGGAAAAAUCAGGUGUAAGCAGCAGUGGCUCUUCUAGGUCAAAGUCACCACUGGAUGCAACCUUGAGAAUGCACAGAAUUGCAACACCAUUUUAUUGUAAAGAUUCCUAAGUUGGCCUAAAGUGAAAUAAAACAAAGGCAACUAAUCUUCCAGAGAAGUGACGAUUAUCGUCAAAAACAAGGUUAGUCUUUUAGACUAAAUAAAGACAUUCUGAAGAAUUUAAUCAAUUUUAUCAAGCUAGAUUGCUUGCCAUGUUUUAGAGGAGACCUUGAAUUGAAGUGGCACUGAGGUUGUGCAUAAAAACAAAUGUUUUGAAAAAGGAAUAAUUGCAGUUAUUCCCUGGCGGAAUGUAGUUGUUGGACAUGCCAACUAAUGCAUGGCCAAGUCUAAACACAAUGGCUUAUUUGGAUGUAAUGCCAAAACACCGUUUUGCGUUAUGUGAGUGAGUUUCCUGUUCAUGAUUUCCCUCCCCCUUUCUCUGGUACAGCAGGCAUGAAGAGCAGACUGGAAGAUUUCUCUUGUUCAUUGUUAUGUGUGAAUGUGCUUGGCCUUAACUAAAGUUUGUCUCAACAAGCCAGAAUUAUUAACUAUGAUUUGAAGUUAGCAGGUUCAAAAGAACUAUAAGAAUACAGUCAUACCUCAUGUUGCAUUAGGUUCAUGUUUCGUAUUUUCGGCUUGCGAAUGCGGCAAACCCGAAAGUGUGCAGAAGCGUUCUAUCGUGCUCUGUGCUUGCGCAGAAGCACCGCUGUAGUUGCAGACUUUUCGGGGUGCGAAUGGCACCCUGGAACGGAUCGUGUCCGCAACUAGAGGUACCACUGUAAUAAUGGUAUAACAACAACAAUGAUUUAAUACAGUUAAAAGCUAACUACCUCUCUGAAUGAGUUCAUACAUAACACACCAGUUAGUCAAAAUGGAAACAAAAGCUUCCAACCUCUGCCUUCUGGCUGAGGGGAGACAUGCAUGGGCGUGUUAGGAGCGCAUGAAUCCAAUGCUUGUGUUAAUGUGAUCAAUGAUAAAUCUAAUUGGCUAUAGUGGUGCAAAUUGGGCGCUCACCCUUUGAAAUUUGCAGUAUGCCUAGAACAUACAUUGGCAUUUAGAUACCAGAUAGAUUUUCCCUGGCUUUUUAAAUGGGUAGGAUUCCCUUACUACAGGAACAUAAAAACUUUGGUUUCUUUUUUGUCUCCAGUCUCAACAGAGGAUUUACGGAAGUGCACUGCAUGAGCGGCCAUUCAAAUUUUGUUUCUUGUGUGUGUGUCAUCCCUCCAAGCGAGCUUUAUCCACGUGGAUUAAUUGCCACCGGCAGUAAUGACAACAACAUUUGCAUUUUCGCUUUGGACAACUCUGCACCUCUGUACGUCCUUAAGGGUCAUAAAAACACAGGUAAGAAUACAUAGAUUUUAAAGUUUUAUUUUCAACAUACCGCUUUUGGAAUCUUAAUGACUCAAAGUCGCUUGGUUUUAUGUGUUCUAAGAAAUAACUUGAUUUGUAAAGUUUUAUCAUGAGCAGACGUUAGCAUUAUUUUCUGAAACAUUAUGACCUUUAGAAAUGUUACAUUAUAUUAUUAUUGUUAUUGUUAUUACAAUUUAUUACUUGCCCAUCACACUAUGGUCACAGGGCAGGUUACAAGAAUUAAAAUACAAUAUUAAUAGUAAAAGGAAAUAUUGCACAGUAUUAAAAACAGUUUUAAAAACCUUGAAAUUGUAGAAAUAAGGUGCAUCCUAGAAAUAUACCUCUCAAGUGUCAAAAGCCAGGGCAAAGAGGUGUGUCUUUAGCACUCCACCAUUCUUAGCACCUUAGAGGUUCUCUAGGGAAAUGGGCCUGGAGGUAGGAGAUACGGCUUGGGAGUUGGUUUAAUGAAGACAUAAGAAAGACUGGUGAUAGUGUCACCAAGACAGAAAAAUAUUUUCCACAAUCUGUUAACAGCUGAGAAGACAGAACCUUACUUUUUCAGUCAAAAGUGUUGCUUCUGUUUUCCAGUUGUUUGUGGUAGCUUCUCAUCGCCUCAUGUAUUUCCAAGGAUGAAAAUUAGGUUAGUGAAAUUUGCUAUGGCGUAUCAUCUGAAAAUAGACCAAAAUCUGUAGCUUUGCUUUGCUAGCACAUCAGAACACCUUUUCUCACUCAGCUACACACAACCCCUGUUUUAGGCGCGACUGAUAUGUGCACAGUGGCACGCAUGCGCAAACCGCUGAACUUUGAAGUGACCUGGAAACGUCAUAAAAGAUGUCACUAAAAGGGAGGAACGGGGUGAUCCAGUUUCACACAAGCGCACAGUGUCCUGGAACGCAACGCUCACGCAAAUCGGGGAGUAGAUUAAAUGUGAAUUUUGGCGAUGUUUAUUUAAUCUUCUGUUCUAGUUUGCAGCCUCUCCUCUGGGAAGUUUGGCACCCUGCUUAGUGGCUCGUGGGAUACGACAGCCAAAGUCUGGUUGAAUGACAAAUGCAUGAUGACACUACAGGUACAGAAACUCUGCUGGUGACAAGAGUUCAUUAUCAGCAGAUCAUGAUUAUUUGCACUUCAGAAAAUGUAGAUUGUCUCCGUCAGCAUUCAUGUUGUUCACUUUUAUAGGGCCACACUGCAGCAGUAUGGGCUGUGAAGAUAUUACCUGAACAAGGAUUAAUGUUGACUGGUUCGGCUGACAAAACUAUUAAGCUGUGGAAGGCAGGUCGAUGCGAGAGAACUUUUACUGGUAGGUACUUGGCUGAAACAGUUUCUGUGUAUACACGCAACUUAGCAAUAUGCCUCCACACCCGGAGAAUUAAAGAGGCCUGCGUUUUAUUCUAGGAUUUGGGUUUUGAUGGUUCUUUCUUCUUCCCCACCCCAUUUGUAGAAAUUAGUGUGGUUCUUUAUCUUGAAAGCUUAGAGGAAGAGAAAAUGUAAAGUUCACUAACUUCAUGUAAUAAAGGCUAGUAAAUCGAAGACAAUUAAAAUGGUGAGCCUUGCCAGUGGUGGCCCCGCAGUCGUGGAAUUCUUUCGCUUAUGAAAUUAGCCAGGCCUUGUCGCUUGCAAUCUUUAAAAGUGUAUGGAAUACCUCCCCCCACUUUUCUAUGCUGCUCUUAGGGAUUACUGUACUGUAAAUCUGUGGUUACAAAGUGUUGGAGACCUUGUGGUUUUUAUUUUAUGGCUGAUUUUUGCUGUUGGCAUAAUAGCUAUCUGAAUAUGGUACAUUUGGGGUGUGUGGAUAGAAUUUUUAGAUAUACCUGUCAAGGUAUUCCAAAGCAUUAACGGUCCCAUUGAUGGGUUUUCACUGCCUCUUCACUGUGAAAAGGUCUGGAAAUGGGAGCUGCUACUUCUCGUUAUGUAGAUCACCUGGGCCAAGCCAGUCACAUGAUAGGAGCCAGGAGCUAUUCAUAGUACUUUUGUUGAAAAAGAAAAUGAAACUUAAUGCGUGGCCAAAGAACAGAAACUUAGGCAGGGGUAAAGAAAUGAAACUUAGCAGAGCCAACUGUCAACACUUAGCUGGAGCAGUUUUUGGAACUGAACACUUAGCUCAGGUCAAAGUACAAAGCUUACACACUGAGCAAGUCCAUUUUGGGAGGGAGGGCAGUUCUUUUUGCUCAGAAGCAGAAAACUGUUAAUAGUAAUUUUUCUUUGGAGGUGCCAUUUGCCAGGCACAGCAGUGACGAUGUCCUGAAACAGCAAAGUGACAGAGCCAAUGGCUUCUGAGUUUUUGCAAGGAAAGUGCACUCUGAAAAGCAAGGGGAAUAUAAAGUUUGCCUUUCCAUUAACAAUGUACCUUGCUUUCCCUUCAGUAGCUCAAUACUUGUAUUCAAGCUCUGUGUGUAUGUAGUCCCACUGCCAUGUAAACAGAUCAGUUAAAAAGUGGAUGAUUAACCUCUGAAAAAUAUUUGACCGCCCUAACAUGUAACAAAUUUAGGAAAGGAAUCUAUUAAAAUGCCUUUGGUGAAAGGACAGUCCUGUGCUGUAAGCAGUGCCACUAAAGAUUCCUUUUCAUGCUCUUAUGCUUUGAACAGGGUACAGUGCCUUUUAGGUUUUUGCAUAAUGCUCAUGUUGAACCACUAGUCUAAUGUUUCCCCGCAGCCUGUGCUUGGGCAGAAACUGAGCCAUCUUGUUAUGUAGCUUCCUGUCUUCAAGAGGGAACUCAGGUAGUGGUCAUGAGUCUGAGGCUACAAUUACACAAAUGAUACUUACACAACGGGUCUAUAUUUGAGACAAUCUCACUGACCAGGGAGUAGCAAGACCCCGUUCCUGACCACAUGGCUUGCUACUAGUAAUUUUAAAGUGAGAUCUACUUUUCAGUACACCACAUGAGAACAUGGUUUUAUAAAGCAUUUCAUGGCUAGAGAAUAUUACCUUUCAAUAAGAUGUGGAGAGGCUCUCAGUGAGACUUACGUUUUAUCUAUCUUUCCUUUCAUAAAGGACAUGAAGACUGUGUAAGGGGCUUAGCCAUUUUAAGCGAGACAGAGUUUCUUUCUUGUGCAAAUGACGCCAGCAUUCGAAAGUGGCAGGUAUCGGGAGAGUGUCUUGAGGUUUACUAUGGCCACACCAAUUAUAUAUACUGCAUAUCGGUCUUCCCACAAAGUAAAGGUAAGGAACUGUCCUCAACACAUACUUUUUUUAUAUAUAAAAAAAGACACGCUAUAAAAAGGAUUGUGCCUUCUAAUGAAAAGUAGAUUUAGAACUGAGUAAGUUAUAAUUCUUUGACUGGCACUAGAGUAAUGGUUUUCAAACUCCCUUCCAUAGAAGACUCCACAUCAAUUUAUCUGGCACAGUACCCCUGUUUUGACUUGCAAUUGAGGGUUCAUUCAGUAUAUAUGCAGAGCUGGCCAGGUUUGCUUACUUCUUAUAAAACCUGGCAGCUAAGGAAACCUAGGAUUCCAAGGAAUCCCCAGAUUUCCCUAAACAUAGUUUGAAAAUUCUUGCAAUGGAUGGCUGAAGAGGAUGUCAAAGGAUGUCAGUUCUAUUCACAAACACAAAUAACAGAUUUCUCCAGCUUUUUUUGCAAUCAGAUAAACUAUAAUGAUAACCCUCUGUUUUAGCUAAGCAUGGAGUGGCUUGAUUGGCAAGUGGCUUUGACUCCUUGUUUUUUCCUACCCCUAUUUCAAACCGAUGGAUUUGAUCCAAAGGUGCUCUUAAGAUGAGAGAGGUAUUUUUGAGGCACAAGUGCUGCUGCUAAGGGAAGGGGUUUGCACAUGCAAUCACAUCUGGCUGUGAGCUGAAAUGCUUUCAGUUGCACAGGCAAGUCUUGAAAUGCAAGCCAUUGGCUUGCAAUGGAACAGUGAAAACUAGUGGCGCAGCAAUAAAACGGCUAGCACGUUAGCAAAGCUAAGCAGGGUAUGGUAAGGUUUCAAAUUGGAUGGGGGACAGCAUGUUGAGAUUCCGGCAUUGCAGGGGGUUGGACUACAUGACCCUUGGGGUCCUUUCCAAAAGCCACAGUUAUAGCUAGUUUAUAACAUAUAUUGCUAUGUUUGUGUAAUGUGUAUUAAAUGUGUUUGUAUGAUCAUAAUUCGAGUCACUGGUGUAGAGAAAGCUGACUUUACAUUUGCAUCUUUCUCAAUUUAAUGAAUGGAACGUUGCAUUAUUUUAGAUUUUGUUACUACUAGCGAAGACCGAUCGCUCAGGAUCUGGAGAAAGGGGGAAUGCACACAGACAAUCAGACUUCCAGCUCAAUCCAUCUGGUGUUGUUGUGUGUUGGACAACGGGGACCUUGUCGUUGGAGCAAGGUAUUCAGAUUUCGGCUUUCUAUCAUCUGUUCAUCAAGAUAAAUAGGCACAAAGCUGAAGGCAGGCCGAGUAGAUAUUUUUGUGCCGCAAGAAGGAAUGAUUUGGCCUCAUGCUCACACACUUCCUUGCUCUUCUCUGGAGCGGAGCCAGAGAGGAAAUGGAAGAGAAGAUUCUGCUUCCAUUUUUCGAUUGACCACAGUUCAGUGUGUUUAAACUGUGGCUAAACUCUAUGAUUAAUUGAAACCAGCCAGUUUCCUAUGCUAUGGUUUGAAGCUGACUUCUUUCAGUAAAGUUAACAUUGGACCCAGUUUGUGAGGGUUCAGUUAUCGUUACAAGUUAGCAUGAAAAACGAGAGGAAAAACUCCUCCUAGAGGAGUGCAGUAGAGGCGUAAGGAGGGGAACAUGUGAGCCCGAUACAUAUUCUUGUUAUGCUAAACUAUGAUACAGCAUUGCCUCCAAAGGAGAUUGUUGAACAAAACAGAGUUUUAAAGACGUGUAGUUCCAUCAUACAUUUUGGGAACUGGCAGAAGUUUGACCAGUGGAUCCCUGGCCAAUUUCUGGUAGACGAUACAUAGCAGUUGUUGUUAAAUCUUUAUUGUGUUUGUUUUGUUUGCAUACGUUACAAAAAAAAACCAAACAGGAAUAUUGUGCACCAACCCAAAGAAAGCACAUACAGUGGUACCUCGCAAGACGAAUGCCUCGCAAGACGGAAAACUCGCAAGACGAAAGGGUUUUUGGUUUUUUGAGUUGCUUCGCAAGACGAUUUUCCCUAUGGGCUUGCUUCACAAGACGGAAACGUCUUGCAAGUUUGUUUCCUUUUUCUUAAAACUGUUAAUACAGUUGCGACUUGACUUCGAGGAGCAACUCAUAGCACGCGGUGUGGUAGCCUUUUUUGAGGUUUUUGAAGACUUUGGUGAUUUUUGAAGCUUUUCCAAAACUUUUUCGAAACCGUGCUUCGCAAGACGAAAAAACCGCAAGACGAAAAAACUCGCGGAACGAAUUAAUUUCGUCUUGCGAGGCACCACUGUACUCGAAAACUACCCACAAAGUAGAAAAACAUAGAUAGCUUGCUUUCCUUCUCCAGCCUCAGCCCAGUUGUUUCUACCACUUCCAAGUGUUGUAACAAGCAGCUCUGACUCAGGAUCCUGCCCUCGUUUCCAUUUUUGGGAUAGGUAGGCGCAUGACAAAUUGUAUUGUCAAGGAGGGUGGAUAGCUAUUGAACACUUCAGCUCAAAACUGAACCUUGCAUACUGGAAGGCAGAAUGAUUACCAAGACCAUGGGUAGGCAAACUAAGGCCUGGGGGCCGGAUCCGGCCCAAUUGCCUUCUAAAUCUGGUCCGUGGACAGUCCAGGAAUCAGCGUGUUUUUUACAUGAGUAGAAUGUGUGCUUUUAUUUAAACUGCAUCUCUGGGUUAUUUGUGGGGCACAGGAAUUCGUUCAUCCCCCCCCCAAAAAAAUAUAUAUAGUCUGGCCCCCCAGAAUGUCUGAGGGACAGUGCACCGGCCCCCUGCUGAAAAAGGUUUGCUGACCCCUGACCAGGACUAUAUACUCGGUAUCAGUUAACACCGAUCAUUUAUGUCUUAACCUUCAGUACAGUUUGGCCAUGCAUUCUUGUUUUGUACCUGAUCAGUGACUGAAAUGAACACUAGGGUUAAAAAAGAUGUAGACCGCACAAGUUUGAAGUAGGUCCUCAACUUGAUGCAUUUCACUGGAUUAUUCUAAAAUUAAUUACCUUGCUUCCUGGGGAAGAUCGGUUUGAAGAUGAGGCAUCAAUCUUAUGAUAUAAAACCUGGUCAGCAAUCUGGAUUUCUUUCUUAGAGAGGGGUGGGGACGGGAACAGCAGUAAGAAAGGAAAUAGGAUGUGUAGGGGCAGGGGACCGCUUUCCUAGAUAAUGAAAUUAUUAUUUUUCCUCUUUCAGUGAUGGCAUUAUCAGAGUGUUCACUGAGUCUUUGGAGCGCACAGCAAAUCUGGAGGAGAUCCAGGCUUUUGAAAAUGAACUUUCUCAAGCAAAAAUUGAUCCUCAAACUGCUGAUUUAGGGGACAUCAGUGUUGAUGAGCUUCCUGGGAGAGAGCAUUUGGACGAACCAGGUAUAAUUUUAAAUUUAUCCGGCAAACAUGCAUCCCUCCUCAUCUAUUCUGUCCUGGUAAAGAAAAGGUUUAGGGCAGGAGUGACUAAUCCACAGGCUAUAUCUGCCCCUCCCCACCAAGGUUUUCUUGUGAUGCCAAGACUCUACAAACUGUCCAUCUUUUUCAGUUAAGAUUUUUUUCUUAACUGACAGCUCCCUCAGCCUGUAAUAUUAUUAUUAUACUCUGCUCUCAAACAUUUUUAGGUUUUUUGUGGUCUCCAAGGCCUCCCAGGUGUGUCAUCUUUCUAUAUUUUUUGUAAAACAAACCCUGUCUUACCCAUUGUUCCCCUUUUGGAUAGCAUCUUCAGAAAUGUAGUUCUUGGCAUGUUCACUUGUACACUUCAGCCCCAGGGAGUUGGCUGGGGGUUGUUAUGGUCCUCUGCCCCCUAAAUGGAUUGCCACCCUUUUGUUUAGGGAUUACAGUCGUACAUUGGAAGUUGAAUUGCUUAGUUCCCCAAACGUUUUGGCUCCCGAACGUCGCAAACUGUUCCGGUUUGUGAACUACUUUUGGAAGCCGAACGUCUGACGGGGCUUCUGCUGCUUCUGAUUGGCUGCAGAGACUUCCGCGCACGCCUCCUCUGUGCCGGAAGGAGCGCCAGAAAUAGCGUUUUCGCAUGCGUGUCUGCGGGACUGUGAACCGGCCCAAGGCCCAAAAACUUUGCUGACCCCUGAACUAAAACCAUUUUCUCCAGGCCCGCAGCUGAUUUUCUCCUCUCUGUGUUUUAAGGUACAAGAGAUGGACAAACGAGACUUAUUAAAAGUAAUGGGAAAGUUGAAGCUUAUCAGUGGAGCGCUGGCGAAGGGAGGUGGAUGAAGAUCGGGGAUGUUGUCGGUUCAUCAGGAGCCACACAGCAGACAUCUGGAAAGGUUUUAUUUGAAGGAAGGGUAAGUAAUUUUUCACCCCUAACGUUUAGUAAUUAAACCCUGGCAGCCCAACCUAUUGUUGGGCUGUGUGCACUGGAAUGGUAUAUAUAAGAAUAAAUCACUCUCGCCGUUUCCCUUUCCUUAAAAAAGGAAUACGACUAUGUUUUUACUAUUGAUGUGAAUGAAGGCGGGCCCUCUCACAAGCUGCCCUACAACAUCAGUGAUGAUCCCUGGCUGACGGCAUACAACUUCCUGCAGAAGAAUGAUCUAAAUCCAAUGUUCCUGGACCAGGUGGCCAAAUUCAUAAUAGAUAACACCAAAGGGCAAACGCUGGGACCCACGAAUGCGGAAUUUUCAGAUCCUUUCACAGGUAAUAAAGAGCUCCAAGCUGCCGUAAAUUUGCUACCUCGCUCCUUGUUAAAUAUGUGGCUGAAUAGCGUGCCAGAGUUCUUUUGCCCCUGGCCAUACUGCGGAACACUGAUUAUGUCUUUUGUGUCUUUAUAUUGUAAUUUUAUCUUGUGAACAGCCCUGAGACCUGCGGGCGGCAUAUAAAUGUAAGAAAUGAUAAUAAUUUUCAUUUCUGAUUGCAGCAGAUGAAGUGGAGUGUUCUUAAAAGUAUGGGCACUUCAUUAAGGAGCAAAGUUAAUGGGGUGUUUCCCCUCCAUGUUUUAAUAAUAAGAGUGCAUUGGAUCACAUUCUUUUCCUUGGUUUAUCUUUUCAUAGGCGGUGGCCGCUAUGUUCCAGGUUCUUCCUCGGAGUCCAGGGAAGGGCUCCCAGCUGCAGAUCCGUUUACAGGUACUGUGUCGAUGAUGGCAGAGUUGUUUUUAUUCUCCCUUCUGGGAGAAUAAAUGUAAAGUUUUGGGUUUACAGUUGGUGUGGUGAAAUGGAGCUGAUUGGAAUUCCGGAUGGACAAGGCAGGGAGCAAAGCUAUGAUGUUGGCUCAGAAUCGUUUUAUUUCUUAUUUAAAAAUGUGCUUUAGAAUCAUAGAAUUGUAGAGUUGGAAGGGUAAUCUAGUAUUCACCCAGGAGAGCCCUAGAAUGUUCAGCCCUUGUUAUACAGAAAAAGCACCACAUUUCUAGAAGCAAAGGCGCGACAUUUAAAUGCAAGUUUGGACCAGAAACAUGUCGUAGCUUGUUUUUUUGUUUUUUUUUUGCAAAACCUUUUUUUUUACAGGUGUGUCUUGAAAGAAUGAUCAUUUGGUACUGAUUGAUUCAGAUGAGUAUGGGUGUUGUAGAGGAGUUUCACAAAACUUUGCAUCUCGGGGGGGGGGGGGGAGAUGAUCGCACUUGGCAAGGCGUUUCCUUGGCAAGGAAAUUGAGGGCUUUGGUUUCAAUGGCGACCAUACAUCUGGGCGCUAAGGCAUCUGUGGUGGAUGAGUCAUAGCAUCCUCCAGGAGCCAGCUGCUUACAGUCUUCAAGACCGAGUUUGAGGUUCAGAAUAGAAAUUGAGACACGAAUUGCACUUGCACGUAAUGAUUGCCAAGGGGUUAUGAUCAUGAUUCCUGCGAGACUCAAUCCUGGGCUCUCUCACACAGGGAACUUAAGGCUCCAAUCCCGUGCGCUUUCUUUAGGGAAAAAAUGUAUACACACAUUGGAAAUAAUAGAAGUAAAAACCGUGUAGAACCCAUUGGUGCUUAGCAAAGAUGUUGGGAUCCAAAUAUGGGAGCUACAAAAAUGGUGUGUGGGCUUGCUGUUGCUGUUUAUUUAUGAUUAUUUAAACCCAAACACUUCAUACUGUGGACGUUUAAGCAAUGUGAAUGCAAUUUUGUUCCUGUUUUUCUCUAGGUACAGGUCGCUACGUCCCAGGUUCAGCAUCUGAACCUGCAGCUCCUGCAAGCGGAGCUGAUCCAUUUACAGGUAAGUAAACCAUUCGUCUCACAGUUUUGAAAACUUAUGCCAAAGCUCCGUGCUGGUCACUUACAUCUGCCCUCCUCCUCCCCCAAAAUAACAAAAUCCCCACUGCCCGCCAUCUUGUUGCCACUUCACUCCAGCUAGGCUUUGUGCUGCUUCUAACUAGAGAAACCAAGCACAGUCUUAUAAUAGCUGACCACACUUAUUAUAAUAGCUGACCUCUCCACUUAUUCAUGCUUGUGGAUAAGUUGGUUGCAGUUCAGAUGGCAGAAAUGCAGAUAAAGGGAAAGUUGGGGUGGAAGUAAGGUGAGGUAGGGCAAGGAAAGGAGAGAUGGGGUGAGCAGCCCAGAGGUGUGUGUUUGGGGCAGUGGCGAGUGAAGCAUCCGUUGUUUGGGAUAAAACAGGAGAGGCCAAAUGGAGAAGAAGGAAAACCAUGGAUACCACCCUAAGCUCCUUGGAGGAAGAGUAAGAUAAAACUGUAGCAAGUAAAUUAAGACUCCGGGGAAAUUUUUCUAUCAAAUCUGUUUUAAGCUGUUAAUUUUAUUAAUGCGCACGUUUUUUUGGUUUACUGAACCCGAGAGAGCUUUCAAAAAUCUCACAGGUGACCAAUGCUAAAAGCUUCCCUCCUUGAAACUUAUCAGUUGUCGUAUCGCUAAAACUCUCAGAGUUUUUCACCUGCCUGCCUUUUGCCUUGAAAAGCUCCUUUCCUUCCUGUUCGCCAUGAAGCUGCAACAAUCUUAGAAGAGAAGCUAUUCAAAAAGACAAGAAAGCCUAGAUAAACUCAACUCUUUCCUCCCCGAACCACAUAUGACAACAGUGUCUCAUACCAAAUGCAAAUGAACUGUGCAAAAGACUUGUGUGAAUUGAAAGUAGAGACACACUAUGUGUCCUUUCCUGUAUUUGUCUGUUACACAAGAAAAUCUUUAAUUAUUUUUAUUUUUUUGCAAAAGAUUCUCCAUCCCUGUUCUCAGAAGGGUGUGAAAUGUGGCUACUGGCUUUUGUAAUAGCGCAUGGAUAAACACAAAUGGAGUUAAUAAAAUUAAUUAUACUGGGCUCCCUUUGAACUAAAUUUUGGAGGCCACUUAAGUCUCUGAAAUGUGUUAGCUAAUUAAAAAGCUGAAACGCUCAGGAUAUGAAGUGCUGUUUAUGUAACCAUUUUUUCUGUAGGAGUUAAUUCGUUAGAUUUUAUCCCAUGCUUUCUCCCAGGAGUGCAGAGAGGUGUUUGAGGUACCCUUGGAUUAAAUUACUUGGUCAAGGCCACACAGUGAACAAAGCAUUAUUUUUAUAAAAAACAUGUAGACAUGGAAUAAUUUAAAUUACGGUUUAGCAAUCUUUUAAAUAGCUACAUAAUAUGUGACAAUUAAGCUAAUGUUUUUUCCCUGCUAUAGGGUGCAAAGCUAUACUGUUAAGUUUCUAAGAAUUUAUUUCUCCCUUUUAGGGACGGGUGCCUACAAAUUAACUAUACCUAAAAAUGAAAAUAUUUAUUUUCCAAAGAAGGAAGCUGUUGCUUUUGAUCAGGCCAACCCUACACAAAUAAUGGGUGAGUGUAUUUAUACGGUUUGUUAAAUGAUGAUUGGGGUGAGCAAUUAUCCUUCAAACACAUCAGUCCCGUAAAACGUUUUAUUUUACUCCCCUGAAACUAUUUUCAGCCUAUUUUUACUUCUGAGAAAUAAAACAUAGGAAGGUUGGAUUACUCAAAAGAUUUGUGUUUUUAAUAUAAUAAAGCAGCCACUUGCGUCUUGCGAAUUAGAAAUAUUGCAGGUCAGGCUCAUUCCAGUAUUGCUUAUCUUCCCCUGUUGAGAAGAAGUGAAUGUUUUGAUACAUCGUAAGGACUGGAGCAAUUGCUAAAUAUAUCGAAUGUACUUGCCAUUUUGCCCCUGUGGUAUUCAGUUGACCGCAGUCCUCCCUGGAUAGCUGGGAGCAUUAAAAGCACUGCCUACUUUCCCCUUUCUAUGCAGCUGGAAUAGAUGACAAGGGGUACAAGCAAUGAGCAGCAACAUAAUCAGUGGAUCUGCUUUUGUGGCAAAUGGACUUUUGUGCAAAGCUGUACAGUACAAACCUUUUUAUGUUCUUAAGGCAUUAAAAAGGAAGGUUAGUUUCAAGCUUAUUGAUUUGUAUUACGUGAUUAAUGUCUUGCAAGGAUAUUGAAACAGACUCCUGAAAUCAUCUGAGAUGCUAGUGCAUGGGUAGGCAAACUAAGGCCCGGGGGCUGGAUCCGGCCCAAUCGCCUUCUAAAUCCUGUCCACGGCAGUCUGGGAAUCAGCGUGUUUUUACAUGAGUAGAAUAUGUGCUUUUAUUUAAAAUGCAUCUCUGGGUUAUUUGUGGGGCAUAGGAAUUCAUUCAUUCCCCCUCCCCCCAAAUAUAGUCCAGCCCCACACAAGGUCUGAAGGACAGUGGACUGGCCCCCUGCUGAAAAGGUUUGCUGACCCCUGUGCUAGUGUAACCCAAGCCUGCUGCUGACACAACACUCAUGCCGCAAUCUGCCAUGGGUUCUGCAGGCUCUCUUCUCCACUGUGUGCUUCAGAUAAUGCGAGGGGUGCAAUUUUACAUGUCAUCCUCAAUUUGUGCAUUCAGGGGCAUAGCAGAGGGGGCAGGGGGCCCAGCCUCAGGCACACAAUUUCAAGGGGGUGUGAGCCGGGCGCUCCCAUGCAGGGAUCCCCAUCCCGCCUGCCUGCCUGCCGCUGGGGGUCUCUGGCCUUGCUGCCACAACCCCUGCCCCCUUGCUGAAUGGCCACCUGGCCAGCGUGGGGGGGGGGGGAUUUGUCCGCCAAGGGUUGUUUCAUCUUGCUGGCCUCCCCCUUGUGUGGACAGGCAGGCAGUGCAGCGCAGCUCUGCUGGCGUGGUAAGUUUUGUUCAUUCUCCGCACCCAGCCGGUGCCACAACGCUGCGCUGCCAAUCAACUUAUACAACUGCCCCCCCCCCCACUGCAUGUUCUUUCAGGCAUGUAGUGAAGGGGUACUUACCUGUUCCUCUGCCAUGUAAGUUGGGUCACUGUUCUGGAACCCCAAAACUGGAACCUAGUUUAAUGUUUAUUUUUUUAAGGCAAGCAGUACUGUCUUUGGCACCGGUUACUUAGUGAGCCUCUCACCUUUCAUGAUUUUCAGAGUUCGUAAGACUUUCAAAAUUAAGAGCAGGCUGGGAGUCCUCAUAGGAAGCAUCGAUAGGGCAGAGACUUACAAGUCUCAAGAAUGAGGUACACACGAAGCAGCCUUAUACCAAGUCAGGCUGACUGUCUAUGCCAGCAAUGUCUGCUCUGCUGAGCAGCGGCUCUCCUGGGUGUCUUGUGCAAAUAUCUUCAUCCUGGAGGGUCUGAAAAUGAGAACUUCGGCACGCUGUUCACAUGCUCUCUCUCUCCCUCUCCCAUUGGGCUAUAACAGUGGUACCUCAGGUUACAUACGCUUCAGGUUACAUAUGCUUCAGGUUACAGACUCUGCUAACCCAGAAAUAGUGCUUCAGGUUAAGAACUUUGCUUCAGGAUGAGAACAGAAAUUGUGCUCCUGUGGCGCGGCAGCAGCAGGAGGCCCCAUUAGCUAAAGUGGUGCUUCAGGUUAAGAACAGUUUCAGGUUAAGUAUGGACCUCUGGAACGAAUUAAGUACUUAGCCCAAGGUACCGCUGUAGUUUCGUUUUCAGAAGCUCAAAGCAAUUACAAAUGCUUUUGAAUUUAUUGUAAACACCUGGUUCUCAUCUUCCACACCAAACUUCAAUAGGUUUACUUGGGAGUACUUUACACUGAAUUUAGUGGUGCUUUCUUCCUGGUAAGUACACCUUGGGACUGCAGCCUCUGUCUCAUGAUUUGAGGUUUAAAUCUUAAAUUGUUUUGGACUACAGAUCAUAUGUUUCAUACAUUCCCUUUCAUUCUACAACUUUUUCCAGACUCUCACUUAACAUUUAACAUUUGUGUGGUUAACAUCUUAACAUUUGUGUGGUGAAAGGAACAUAAGACAAUUGUGAAGCAAUGCCAUGGAAAUAUUUCCUGUACAAAUCCUAGAGAGCGCACUGUUUAUGCAUAAUGCAAAUCAGGUUUUGGAGCACAUUUGAGAUGAAGCAAAAUUGUUUUUUCAAUGGGGAUUUGCCCACUAGGCAACUAGGUUAACAUGAAAUAUGCCAACAGGCAACAAUAGAAUUGAACUGGAUCGAGAAUUCAUUUUCGUAUUCAUAACGUGAAGAGGUUCAAAUAGAGCAUUUCAAACUAUCUCCCAUUUGUCUCACAGGCAAACUGAAAGAACUUAACAGAAGUGCCCCUGCUGAACAGCAGUUAACUGAAGAUGAUUUAGAUCUUCUGGAGAAGAUGCUCUCUAUAACCUGCAACACCUCCUCUGAAGCUCCCACAGCCCAGCAACUGCAAACUUUGUGGAAGGCAAUUAACUGGCCAAAUGGUAUGGAAUUGUUGUUGGGGACAUCUAGUAGGUCCAGCAAAUUAGAUGGGUGGGUAGCAGUUAGAAAAGUUCACCUUAUUUCACAUCUUGUUAGAUACACCGGACGCCGGUGGCGCUGUGGUCUAAACCACUCAGCCUCUUGGGUUUACCAAUAAGAACAUCGGCAGUUCAAAUCCCCACGACGGGGUGAGCUCCCGUUGUUUGGUCCCAGCUCCUGCCAACUUAGCAGUUCGAAAGCACAUCAAAGUGCAAGUAGAUAAAUAGGUACCGCUCCAACGGGAAGGUAAACAGCGUUUCCGUGUGUUGCUCUGGUUUUGCCAGAAGCUGCUUAGUCCUACUGGCCACAUGACCUGGAAAAACUGUCUGCGGACAAACGGCGGCUCCCUCGGCCUGUAAAGUGAGAUGAGCGCCACAACCCCAGAGUCAUCUGCGACUGGACUUAACUAUCAGGGGUCCUUUACCUUUACCUUUUUAGAUACACCAGUUUUUAUACCACAAAUAAUUUUAUUUCUUUGUAUUGGUGAUUGGCAGUUUAAUAUAUUAGUGGCUGAUGGGGAUGCUGUUCCAUUGCCUAUAGGGUGAAGAUUUUAUGCUGAUUAGAGUUCUGAAGUUUAAUCUUAAGACUAUCCUACUUACCGCCCCCGCACACCAGCUUAUUUUAAUAGCAAUGACAUUUGUAAUUCAGUUGUCUGAGUUACAUAAAUAUGCUAAGGAUUCCAUUAUUUUCCUAAAAUAGAGAGAUGUAAUUCAGGCUAGAUCAGUUCCCAAACUGCUGAGUUCAUAAAACUGUCAUCAGCCCCAACCCAAAUUCUUAGGACUAUAAAUGAAAAAGUUUAAGAAAUAAUCAAUAUGUAAUACUGUAAUUUAUUAAUUUUGAUUCCCGGCAAUGGCAAUUGAUAAAAUGUAAAUAAAAAAGAAAAACGAGUGAAAAUAAUAACUUUUUUAAAAAUCUUCUCUAAUGAGAUGGAUGGGCCUAAUGGGCUUUUAACAAGCAUAUGAAUAUUGGGCUGUAGGUUUUGUGAGUCUUGAGUCACCAUGUUCUUCGCUGUUUAGCCUGCUUCUCUGUUCGUACAGCACCACGGUCUGAGAAUACCAUUAUAUUGUGGAAUUGUCUUUUUAAAAAUACAGUACAAUGGCCUCUUAAACAUAUUUAACUUCUGCGAUUUCAACUUUGCAUGGUUGAAGACAAAAGCUGCUUGAAAUUGCGCAAGUUAAAUGCAGGCAAGGUGGAGAGCUUAAAAACUCUUUGCGCCUGGUCCACUUGGCAUUUCCUGAGCAGCAAGAGUUUUAAGCUCUGUUUCAAGGUUUUGUGUAUAGCUGAUUUUCAUGUACAGUGGUACCUUGGUUUAAGAACAGCUUAGUUUAUGAACAACUUGGAUUAAGAACGCUGCAAACCCACAAGUAGGUGUUUUGGUUUGUGGACUUUGCCUUGGAAGCAGAACAUGGUUUUGUUUCCUGUUGAGUGUGUUCCAUUUGUAAAUUGAGUCCCCUGCUGCUAUGGGAAAGCACGCCUUAGUUUAAGAACACUUCGGUUUAUGAACGGACUUCCAGAACGGAUUAAGUUUGUCAACCAAGGCACCACUGUAUAGGUAGAACCCUCAGAACUGAACCUCCAUGUUAGAUGCAGUUGUCCUACACAGAAGUUCCUCAAUGGGCAAGGGAGGUGCACUCUCUACAUUCUUAAUGCCCUUUAUUUCAGAGUUCAUAAAUAUUAUUUUUACUAUACAUCAUUAAUAACAAUAACAACAGCAUGCCACCUAUCUGGCUGGGUUUCCCCAGCAACUCUGGGCAGCUUCCAACAUUAAACAUUAAAAACUUCCCUAUAUAGGGCUGCUUUCAGAAGUUGGAUAGUUGUUUAUUUCCUUGACAUCUGACGGGAGGGCGUUCCACAGGGUGGGCGCUACCACCGAGAAGGCCCUCUGCCUUGUUCUCUGUAACCUCACUUGUUGCAGAGAGGGAACCGCCAGAAGGCCCUCGGAGCCAGACCUCAGUGUCCAGGCGUUGCCACCCCAGGUCCUUAUUCACCCCCUUCCUAGUCCCUUAGACCCCCUAAGGGGACAAGUAUCAACCCCUUUAAGAAACCCUGGGCUAGACGAACCUUUCCCAUAGGGGUUAUUACAACAGACCUGCUGAAAGCUCUGCAACAUUUCAAAGUGUAAUGAGGUCGCUUGUUUUCCCUGUGUUCCUAGACAUUGUCUUUCCAGCACUCGAUAUUCUUCGGUUAUCCAUCAGGCAUCCCAGCGUGAACGAAAGCUUCUGCAGCGAGAAGGAUGGCCUACAGUUCAGCAGCCACCUGAUCCAAUUCCUGAACCCCGAAGGAAAGCAAGCCAACCAGAUGCUGGCCCUUAGAAUUUUCUGCAACUGUUUUAUCCACCCAGUUGGCCAGAAGCUCAUGAUGUCACAGGGGGACUUGAUAAUGUCACAGGCAAUAGAGCUGAAAAUAAGCAGCAAUAAGAACAUUCACAUUGCAUUAGCCACCCUGGCUCUGAACUACGCUGUCUGUUUACAUAAAAUUAAUAACAUUGAGGGGAAAGCUCAGUGCUUAUCAGUGAUCAGCACAGUCAUGGAAAUUGUGCAAGACCUCGAAGCUAUCUUUAGACUACUUGUGGCUCUUGGGACAUUGAUCAGUGGUGAUUCAGAUGCUGUACAGUUAGCUAAGUCUCUGGGGGUUGAUUCUCAAAUUAAGAAAUAUUCCUCUGUAUCGGAACCGGCUAAGGUAAACGAAUGCUGUAGGUUGGUGCUUAACUUGCUCUAACCGUUUCGUUUUUUAAAAAAGCACUUGAAAGUCUAUGGCUAUGCUGAAGAUAAACUUUUUCAUAUUUUACAACAAUGGAGAGAAGAAAUACUGUGGGUUAACUAUCUGGACAUUAAGUGAAAAAACCUAAAUAAAAUCUUUUUUUGCACUGAUA